CUCCUCAGUUCUCAUUCAACAGACCGUAUACCAAAUCUUCUCUGCAUUAAAGUCACAGAAGUGUGGGAGUUUAGUUUUGCACAAAAAUGGCCAAUCUGUGGCCAAAUCUAAUCUGUGCAUUGGCUGUGGCUGUAGUCUUAUUAGCGACCAAUAUAGCAGCUGAUGAUCACAAGCCUUACGUUUAUGCAUCUCCACCUCCACCAAAAUACGUGUACAAAUCCCCUCCACCACCACAUUACCGCUACAAAUCACCACCUCCAUACCACAAGAAGUCUCCUCCACCACCGCAUUACCAUUAUAAGUCCCCCCCACCACCAUCUCACAAAUCCCCACCUCCUCCAUCUCCAUCACCGCCCCCUCCCUAUGUCUACAAAUCCCCACCUCCCCCAUCUCCUUCACCUCCUCCACCCUACAUCUAUAAAUCUCCACCACCUCCCUCACCAUCUCCUCCACCUCCUUAUAUUUACAAAUCACCACCACCACCAUCUCCAUCACCUCGCCCACCAUACGUCUACAAGUCACCACCUCCUCCAUCACCAUCACCUCCUCCUGCCUACAUCUAUAAAUCUCCACCACCACCCUCACCACCACCCUCACCAUCCCCUCCACCUCCUUAUAUUUACAAGUCACCUCCACCACCUUCUCCUUCACCUCCUCCUCCAUAUGUGUACAAGUCACCACCUCCUCCAUCUCCCUCACCUCCUCCUCCUUAUAUUUACAAAUCACCACCACCCCCAUCUCGGUCACCACCUCCUCCAUAUGUUUACAAGUCACCCCCUCCUCCAUCUCCAUCACCUCCUCCUCCAUAUAUUUACAAAUCACCACCACCCCCAUCUCAGUCACCACCUCCUCCAUAUGUUUACAAGUCACCCCCUCCUCCAUCUCCAUCACCUCCUCCUCCAUAUAUUUACAAAUCACCCCCUCCUCCAUCUCCGUCACCACCUCCACCCUAUGUCUACAAGUCACCUCCUCCUCCAUCCCCUUCACUCCAUCCACCUUAUGUUUAUAAAUCUCCACCACCACCAUCCCCACCACAGCCAUCCCCAUACUACUACAAAUCCCCACCGCCUCCGAAAUACUAAAACCAAUCGUUAUGUAGUGCUACUAAUCACCUUAUGAUUAGGUGACAAAAGGAAUAAUUGCUGCUCAUCAUGAAGUAAUCAGAUACGUGUGGACGCGCGCUUUGCAUACUUCUAAAAAAUAAGUGUUUUUUUUUUUUUUUUUUUUUGGCCUACGGUCACUUGAUAUAUUA